AUGGCUGGUGCAGGUGUGCUUCGCCAGGAUCACAUCCUGGACCUUGCAGUCAGAGCUAUCCAACCCGCAGCAGAUGGACACCCGAAUCUCAAAACACCGUACGAAGCUGUGGCUCUUAUUGGCCAUGCAUGCAUGACAGCAGUGGAUUUCAGACUGGUCGGCCUUGGUGAAGAUCACAACUUAGAAUCGUCUACAGAUACACCUUCCCUCCCCGCAGAAUGGAACGCUAACGAUACAUUUGCCUUUCGAUAUGCCCACGCGCAGUCUUCAAUGCAAUACUUGCUCAAAGUGAGUCGGCUGGGAAACAAUGCAGUGGUUUUUGCGCUGGCCCUGGGCGAUGACAGGACCAGCUCGUUCGACAUCCCCGCCAAGGACUAUAUCUCCACUUCUGCGCUUCCUCUACAAUCGACAGAAAGUCUCACAGCGUCGGUACGGGAUGUCUUCAUCUCACCGGCUCGACUAGGCGACUUGAUCGGUCUGUUCAAGAUCAACGUCAUACAGAAGCUUGCGCCCGGUUUGUACAAGGAGGGGUAUGAAGACAGGUCCCAGCCGUCCAGGGAGCGACCACAGGAAGAAAGAGAGCGGGAUCCUCUCCGUGAUGACUCUCUCCCCCAGCCUGCCCGCCCAUACCCAUUCGAUGACCCCCUAGCAGCGGCUCCCCGCCGCUCCAACCCACCCGGAGACUUUGCCCCACCAGGAUUUGAAGAUGAGUUCGAGAUCAACCGACCCCCAAGGGGAUACGCAGGAGGGUUUGGAGGCAGGAACCCCUACAACAUUGGUGAGCGCGAUCUUUACCCACCAGGACUUGGUCCAAAUGAUCCUUUCCGUGGGUCUAUGGGCCCUGGCUUUGGUCCUGGUGGUGGAGGUAUGCAUCCCACUUUUGAUGACCCCCUCUUCGGUGGCAGAGGCACUGGAAAUGGUGGAUAUGAUCCCCGGGCACCGCCUGGUGCAAGAUAUGACCCCGUAGGACCUGGCGAACCGCCUGUUGGUCGUAAUCAAGCACCGUUCGGUAAUAAUGGACGAGGCGGGGGUGGGUUUGGCGGGUUUGGCGGUGGAUUUGGCGGUGGAUUUGGCGGCGGAUUUGGCGGCGAUAUCAUCUAA